GAACUUGUUAGUUAUACUCUCAAUAAUAAUGAAGUUAUUACUCGUAUUGUCGGCUAUUGUUUUAGCCGUAAACUCGUUGCCAGUCAAUGAAAAUGGUGGUAAAAAUUGGGUUGUCCUAGUAGCUGGCUCAAACACCUGGUGGAACUACAGACAUCAGGCCGACAUAUACCACGCGUACCAAAUAGUGAAGGCUAACGGUAUCCCCGAUGAGAAUAUCAUUGUCUUCCACUACGACGAUAUUGCAAACAAUAAGGAAAAUAAGUACCCUGGUAAAGUAUUCAAUAACCCCGACCACAAGGAUGUCUACCACGGUGUCCCCAAAGACUACACUGGUGAUGAUGUCACUCCCACGAACUUUUUGAAAGCCCUGUUAGGGGACAAGGAUUUGGAGAGCUCUGGUAAAAAGGUGUUGAACUCGGGACCCAACGACAACGUGUUUGUCUUUUUCGAUGACCAUGGUGCUGUUGACCUAGUUGCUUUCCCCAAGACCUAUUUAUACGGCGAGAACCUCACCUCAACUCUUAAGGAAAUGCAUACCCAGAACAAAUACAACAAGCUCGUUUUCUACAUCGAGGCCUGCGAAGCCGGCUCUAUGUUCGCCAAACUGUUGCCCACCGACAUCAACAUCUACGCCACGACUGCCUCCAGUCCCAAUGAAUCCAGCUAUGCCUGGUAUGACGACACCGAGUUGGGCACAUACCUGGGCGAUGAGUAUAGUAUCCAUUGGAUGGAAGAGGCAGAACAGGCCACUGACACGACUACCCUCGAGGACCAGUUCCAGUGGACCAAAACCAAGACUACCAAAUCACAUGUCCAACACUACGGCGACCUGUCUAUUGCCAAAUUGCCCCUGUCUCAAUUCUUGGGUUUGUACACAAUAACUCCUAUUUAUAAAAAUCUUAUGAACCUACAUUUGCUACGUCGAGUAGUAAAAGAAAAUCGGCGACACCUGUGACCCGAUCUAACAGCCGAACCGCAGUCGACAAUAAGGACGUGCCGUUGGCUAUGGCUAAGGGCGAGGA